AUGUUCUUUGAGUGUACGCAGGAUGAUGGUAAACACGUCCCCAAUCUGUGCGUAGUCCAGAACGAAAGCGGUGACGAGAAAGUCUUUUCUGGCCCAAACACUAAAGACGAGUUCUGCACGUGGGUAUUUCAACAGGAAAACGCCAACACGACGUUUGUCGCGCAUAACUUCCAGGCCUACGACGGAUACUUGAUCCUUCAAUACCUCUAUAAGAAUGGUAUCACACCGGAGAUCAUUACUCGUGGCGCAAAAAUCCUUUCGCUCACGGUCCCCGAAAUGAACAUCAAGUUUAUAGAAUCUCUCUGUUUCAUCCCAAUGAAACUCGCCGCCUUCCCGAAAACGUUUGGUCUCACAGAGCUUCAGAAAGGUUACUUCCCUCAUUUCUUUAACCGUGCUGAGAAUCAAGACUACAUGGGGCCAAUGCCUGAAGCCAAGUUCUACGAUCCUGAUGGCAUGAGCACCGAUGACCGCGAAAGGUUCUUUACAUGGUACAACGACCUAGUUGAGCAUCAGUACGAGUUCGACUUUCAAGCCGAAAUUCUGCGAUACUCUCAGUCUGAUGUGGACAUUUUGCGUCGUUGUUGUCUCGAGUUCCGCGAACUUUUCAGCCAAAUCACAGAUGUUGACCCUUUCGCCUCUUGUCUCACCAUUGCCUCUGCUUGUAAUCUCGUCUUCCGUAAAACGUUCCUCCAGGAGAACACCAUCGCCGUCAUUCCUCCUUGCGGAUACAAGCCUGAAAACAAACAGUCCGUCAUCGCCUUGAAGAUGCUGGCCUGGGUCGCUCAACGCGAUAAUAUUGCCAUUCGCCACGCCCGCAACCACGGAGAGCAACGCAUUGGCAAGUACCUUGUCGAUGGCUUCAGCGUUGAGACGAACACUGUUUGGGAAGUUCAAGGGUGCCUGUGGCAUGGAUGCGAAAGGUGUUACGCCAGAGAUACCGUGAAUCCGAUCAACCAUAUGACUAUGCAAGAUCUUAGGCAGCGAACCCUAGAGAAAAUACAAUUCCUAUAG